GCGGGCUAGGUGAUUUUAACCAAAGGUUGAAUCGAUUCGACACCAUUAGAUUCAGACAUUAGUAAAUGGAACACAAAAACACAAGCUGGAUGACCAGACGAUAAAAAAUCAUAGAAGUGAUUAUGCAAAAGGAAUUUUAAUUCUAGUUAGCAAAAAAAUUGUUUCAAAUAAGGAUGGGAAAUAUUGACUCCAAGGCAGUUGUGAACUUUAAAGGGAAUAAAAAUCUAAAACACAAAAAGAGACUUGAGCUUGUGGAGCCGGUUUUGACGGAUAAUCAGAUAGAAGCUUUACAAGAGUCGUGGGGAGCUCUGAAGCAAGACAUCAGCAAAGUCGGUGUGGUCAUGUUUAUGAAUUUAUUUCAAACCCAUCCAGAAGUUCAAGAUGCAUUUCUGCCAUUCCAGCAACUAGCAAAGGAAGAUAUGGAACACAGUGCAAUCUUACGGUCACACGCCCUCCGUGUGAUGGGUACAGUCGAUAAAUGUCUGACUCGGAUACGUACGCCGGAAAAACUCCAGAAUCUCAUGCACGAAUUGGGAGAGAGGCAUGCUAAUUAUAGCGCUAGACAGGAAUUCAUAGAUCUGGUGGGUUCCCAAUUUGUGUACGCCAUAAAACCUCAUUUAGAGGAUUGUUGGAGCAAAGAAUUGGAAGAAGCAUGGCUUCAGCUAUUUAGGGUUAUGUCUUUCCACAUGAAGAAAGGAAUGAGGGAAUCCAACGUCAUUACAUACUAGAUUACAGUUAGAUGAAUAGAGUUCUCCGUUUUAGGUCAUGCUGCCUUAUGGAAAAUCUUAUUAACGCUCCAUCCUUUCAAUGACUUAUUAUUUGCACGAAGAUGCAAUUAUGACAUCGAAUCCGUCUUGACAAUGAGUAUAGAAACUAUUGUUUUUGCGCGUUAAUUGUUGUUGGCGUAAAUUUAUUGUUUCUCAUUAUUAUAUUUGUUCCAUUUGAAAUUUGAAUCUACUUUGUGUUUUGAGUUUUCUAUUAUAGAAUGAAUGUUUGCAAUAACAUUUUGAAUUCAUCUGUUAUUGAAUAGGAAUUACAUAUUCAUAAACAUUUUUAAUAAUUUUUGAUUCCAUCACAACCAAUAUCACUUUAUUUUAUUUGAAUUUUAGAAACCAUCACUUUAUCAUACUCUUCUUAUGUACACUCAAAUCAGUUAAUAUGAUAGUUCUUUAUGUUUUAAUCUCUUUUCCCCAAGAGCGUUUGUAAAAAGCAAUUACUGAGAAAAAAACAUGUACAUAAAGAACUGAAUGUUGUAUUUGACUGCUUGUAAAUGUGUUUCCUCUUUAUGAUAUGAAAUAAAUUUACAUUACAGGUUAAAUAUGUGUGCAUAUAUAUGUCAUAUAGUAUACAUAUUUUGACUUUUAAGAUGUUAGACAGGAUAGUAAAAACAUUUACAAGAAAAUUCUUACAAAAAAUCAAAAUGUUUACUCAUUGUACAUUAUUCAGCACAAACAGUGUUGUUCGUGUUUUAUUAUUGUGUUUGUUAGAUUAUUUUCAAUAUUUGUAUAAAAGAUUGUAAGAUUAUCUUACAAUGAAAUAAACCAGAAAUAAA